CUACAGGAAGUGACGAACCUUGUCAGAGGCUGGCAGGCACGUGCCAGGACGACCAUAUGUCAUGUGAGGGAACCUACAUAACUGGACAUUGUUCAGGGGGAACUCAUCGGAGAUGUUGUAUGUCUCCAAGAGCUACAGACAUAGGAGAUGGUGUGCAAAUUUAUUCACGUGAAAGCUGGGGAGCUAGAGAACCAAAACACUUCCAGGACUUUCCUAAACCAGCCAGCCUCUUUUUCAUCCACCAUACUGCUGGCCACUCCUGUCAUGACUUCGAUUCUUGUGUUACUGCCUUAAAAGGAAUACAGAAUUUUCACAUGGACACCAGAGGUUGGGAUGACAUUGGAUACAGUUUCUUAGUCGGGCAGGACGGCCAUAUUUACGAAGGGCGUGGUUGGGAUCACGUUGGUGCGCACACAUUGCAUUAUAAUACGCGUGGCUACGCAGCUUCCUUCAUGGGCAACUACAUGACACAUCCACCAAAUGACGCGUCUCUAAAUGCAGCAAAAAAGCUAAUUGAAUACGGAGUAAGCAAGGGAUACAUUUCGCCUACAUAUAAACUGUACGGACACCGUGAUGUUGGGAGCACAGCUUGUCCUGGCGAUGCUCUUUAUCCAAUCAUUCAAACUUGGCCACAUUAUAGUCACAUUAAGCCAUGAGAUAGGCUGACAGGCAUAAGUUAAAUUUCUGAAUUAAAAUUUUAUUCAUA